AACUAGGAGAUCAAAACCGGCGGAUCGACGGCGUUGGCGGCCUCCUCGCUGAAGGCAGCUGCCGCGGUCCUCCUCGUCCAGGACCUCUUCACACCAACAACACCUCCACCACCACCUCCUCCUCCUCUUCCAUGGACUUCACCGGCUCCUCCAUGGACGCGCUGGAGGCUAUGGCCGACGAGGUCGCCCUCGAGGGCCUCGACGGGGUGACCCCGAGCGCGCUCUGGGUCCGCCUUUGCGCCCGCUCGCCUCCCUUCCCUGGGGGGGCCCCGCGCAGCGACUUCGCCCUCCGCGCCUUCCUCUGGGCCGCCCUGGCCUCGAACCCGGGCGUGGACUUCUACGAGCUGCCCGUGCCGCGGCCUCCGCUGCUGCUGCGCGAGACGGCGGCGGCGGCGGCGGCGGCCGCGGCGAGAGACGACGAUGGGUGCGGGGACGAGGUGGAGGCGGCGACGGGGCGGUGGGAGAGCGGCCCGGACAUCUACCCCGUGCACAUGCUGCUGGACGACCCCGCGGGCAUGCAGGGCUCCUGCCGCUACUACAGAGAGCGCACGUGCGUCACCGAGCUCGUGCGCAGCCGCGACCUGCAGCCGCUGUGCACGCUGGAGGAGGUGGAGAGGAGGUGGGGCGACACGCUGGUUGCCGUGGCAUCGCAGGAGCUGCGGUGGCGUGCGCUGGCCGGCUGGGAGUGCGACCCGGACCUGCGCGUGCCCGACUUCUCGUAUUGCGUGCUGGAACGGCUGGGCCGCGCGCGCUGGGAGGGUGCCCUACAGAGCGACCUCCACGCCAACGUUUUCCAUAUCGACGCGAGGAAGAUGCACUACCACCGCGGCUUCCUCGACCGCCUCGGGCUGGUGACGCUGCAGUCGCACGUGACGCGCCGGCCCAACGGGAGCCAGAUGCACUCCAUGCUGCUGCUGCUCAAACGAUUCCACAUCGACAGGGCGGGCUGCAGGCACAGCAAGUACUCGGUGCUCAUGCAGAAGCUGUCCGACAAGCUGAUGAUGCGGUCCACUCGUACGGACUCCAUCGCCAGGCUCCGCACAGAAAUGGGCAUGGACGGCCGGUCGUUCCGGAAGCUCUACCAGUUCAUGGUGACGUUGGGGCACAUCGUCAUCACGUCCGUGGUCAAGCAGACUCAACAGGGGCGGCCCUGCAAGAACACCAGAGGUAACGACGUGAUGGUGAGGAGCCUGCAGCUGGUGCGUGCGUUCGGGGAGGCGGAGGUGGAGGUGGAGAAGGAGGAGACGCCGAUCCAGAGGCCCGUCCGGCCGCAGGGCCUCGUGCUGCAGCGCGACAUGCUGACGCAGGCCCUGGACCUCGUGCGGAGGCACGGGACGGGCGGCAUCUCGCACUCGGAGCUGUGCCUCGAGCUCAACGUGGGCAAGCUGGAGGGACGCAUGCUGUGCCGCACGUUGUGCCGAAGGGGGCUUGUCAAGGACAUCAUGGAGGACGAGGGCCGCCAGCGCACCACCAAGUACAUCGCGCAGCAGUUCGUCAAGACCAGCGUCCUCAGCCAGCAGAUCGAGCGCGAGCGGGCGCGCAACCACGAGCUCACCACGCCGGGCGGCGCCGGCGACGGCCCCUCGCCGGCCGCCCCCGCUUGGGCCGUCGCCCAGCCGGGGCGCACGCACGGCAGGGUGAAGCGCUGCGGCGCCGGUGCCGCCCCCCGGCGCCCCGACACCGUGUUCCCCUGGAACUGGGGUGCGGCCGGGAGGUGGAGGCAGCCGGGGAAGAGCGCCGCCGCCGGCGCCGCCGCUGCUGGCGCCGCCGCCGCCGCUACCGGGCAGGAUCCCGCCGCCCUCGUGCCCAGGAAGAGGGGGCGGCCGAAGGGCUCCAAGAACAAGAAGGGCUGCCUGAAGAAGAACAAGAAGGCCAAGGUGAACACCAAGGCCAGCGGCAAGAAGAGAGGCCGUCCGAGAAAACACCCCCUGCCGCAGGCGGAUGAGACGACCACAGAGGACAAGCCCGGACACGCCGCCGCCGAUGAGUCGGAAGUGAAGGUCACGGCUGAGCAGCUCCAAGAGGCCGCAGCAGCGGCAGCAGCCACAGCAGCAGCAACAGCAGAAUUGGUUCUGGCACCGGCGACGGAAUCCACGGAUCCCGCCGAUGCUCCACACGCCGGGCCCGGCACUGAGGUUGAGGCCGCGUCGGCGCCGAGCGAGACGGGGACCCGCCGAGAAGGAGGAGACGAGCAGGAGCCAGCGCCGGAGGGAGGAGACGGGGCGUGCCGGGAGAGCGUGGCAUUGCUGGAUGCCGGCGAGGCCGCCGCGCGGCGAGAAGGAGAGGCGCCGUCGGGCGCGGCCGCGGGGCAGGCCGGAGCGCCGGCCGACUCGGAGGCCGUGCCCUCCGACGCGGAGGGGCCGGCGCCGGAAGGGAACGGGGUCUGCAAGGUGGAGAUAGACGAGGAGGCCGAGGUCAAGCCGGGGGGUGGUGCACUCCUGCUGGAGCCGGCGGCGCCUCACAAGCCGGGCGCAACGCGGGGCCCGACGCGUCUGACGUACCGCCUGCUCAAGCGACAGAACAUGAUCAUCGAGGCUGUGCGCAGCCACCGCCUCAUCGAGAGCCUCUUUGCGCUGCAGAAGAUGAUCGUGGACGAGGAGCGCGUGGAGGGCGUGAGCAGCCGCUGCUGCCGCAAGUCGAUCGUUCGUCUCGUGAACAAGCUGGCGGAUGACGGGCAGCUGCGCCUCUACCGCACCACCGUCGUGCAGGAUGGCAUCACCAAAAAAGUGGAGCUGGUCGUUCACCCGUCCGUGAGCCCCCACGAUCCGCUGGUGAAGAGCGCACUGGAGCAGGUGCGCUUCCGGAUCUCCGGCUCCUAUUCCUCCCAGAGAGCCAAGGCGUCGGCGCAGGCGCACAAGGCGCAGGCGGAGGGGGCGGCGGCGGCGGCGGCGGCGCCGGACGAGACGUCGCCGGGCGGCGCCAAGAAGGCCGGCGAGCGGAGGGACUCGCGUGAGGAGGCGGGCGGGCCGGGGGACUCGCGCGGCUCCGCGACGGGACAGCGGGCGACCAGGACGCUGGGGCUGCAGCGCGCCAUCGACAUCAGGAUGGGCAUCACGCCCCUGCUCGACUACUCGCCGCCCAUCGUCCCAGGGCUGGGCCGCUCGCUGGGCUUCAUGCCCAAAAUGCCGCGCCUGCGAAUCCUGCACACCUUCCUCUGGUACAUCGUGCACGGCCACAAGCUCAAGCAGGAGCCGCCCGCCGCGCUGCCACGGGGAGGGGCGGAGGCCCCCGACGGCGAGGGGUUGGCCGCGGAGAGGACAUCGCUCGCGGAGACCAGCGGGGACGGCCCACGGGCCGCCGAGAACUCCAAGGACCCCGGCACGCUCUCGGAGGUGGCCCCCCAGUGGGAAGGAGACCAAAGCGAAGGGCGGCCCUCCGUGGGCACGGGGCAGAGCAGCACCUCGCCGAGCAGCCAAGCGGAGCAGCUGUUUGCGGAGGAAACAGUGUACAUGGACGUGCAGGACUGGCGCCGGUUCACGCCGCCGGCGCCCAUCCACGGGGAGUACGGCGAGGGCUGGGCGCUCGUCAGCGACAUCCUGCUCUGCAUGCCGCUCUCCGUGUUCGUGCAGCUCAUCCGCAUCAGCUACCGGGUGGACGGGCUGCAGGAGCUGCUGGACGACCCCGUGAAGAAGCACACGCUGGUGCGCUUCCUCCCCGUCGCCAUGAGGCAGCAGCUGCUGUUCAAGCGGAGGUAUAUUUUCCUGAUCUUUGAAUGCUUCCAGCGACUCUGGUUCAUGGGCCUGCUCCAUUUCGGGCCCCUCGAGAGAUUCCAGGACAAGGAUCAGGUGUUCGUGUACCUGAAGCGGCGCGCCACCGUGGUGGACACGACGACGUGCGAGCCCCACUACAAGCUGGCGCAGAGCUCCGAGCCGUUUGCGCGCCGCACGUACUCGCUGCGCGCCAUCGAGGACGUGGAUGAGUACUGGCUGCACAUGCAGUGCGUGUGCCUCAACACGCCGCUCGGCGUGGUGCGCAACCAGCAACGGAGCAAGAGCGGCGGCGGGCCCGACGGGGAGGAGACGGAGCAGGGAUCGUACGACGACAAGCUGCUCAACAAGAAGUGCAGCAUGCUGGAGUACACCUCGGGCAGCAGGGAGGUGCGGGACGACGGCGCCAUUCCCGGGGACGGCCUGGGCGCUGGCGGCCUCGACUCGUGCUUUUUCGGGCACCUCAAGCGCAACUGGAUUUGGAUGUCGUACAUCCUGCAAAAGGACAAGCCGGACCUCGGGCGCGGUAGUGGCACCUCCACGGUUCGCCUGCAGACGCUGCUACAGAAACCGCUGCAUGCCUCGCACCCCAUGGGCCGCUUUGGCGAUGGCGCGAGCGCGGGCGCCGCUGCAGCAGCGACGACGACGAUGCGCGGCGCGGACGACGGGGAGUGGCCGGUGGCGCGCACAGACGACGUGCUCCUGCGGAAGGUGGAGGCCGCGAACCGGAACAAAGCGGUGGCGGGCGGCAAGGGGCAGAAGCGCAGGCGGGACAAGCGCGACGCCGAGCCGCGCAAAGCCAGCCCCAAGCGGAAGAAACCGAAGAAACCCAACGAAUCGCCACGGAAACGCAGGGAGGAGGGGAGCCCCAAGUUGUACUACGACGAGACGGACCGCAGCGCGCUCAGCCGCAUGACCAAGCAGCGCGUGGCGUGGACCGAGCAGGAGGACGGCCUCCUGCUGCUGUGUCGCGUCGCCUGCACCAUCCUCAACGCCAAGGUGCGCCGCCCGUUUGUGCCGUGGCAGGUGAUCCGUGACGUGCUGCACGCCGAGUGCGUCAGCUCGCUGGACAAGACGUCGCACGCGGUGGCGCGGCGCUCGCGCUACAUCCUCAAGAACUCGUGCACCGACCUCAACUACAGGAUCUGCUUGGCGGAGGCGACGCAGGACAGCAAGCUGGUGGAGGAGAUCAUGAACCGGACUGGCGACUACGGGAACCCUCAGGUCUGUGCGCUGGAGUUCACGGAGUUUGUGCAGCGGCUGAGGGCGAAGUUCCGUCCCAACCCAGAGACACUUCAGAUGGACAUCCCCGACUCCCUCGAGGAGCUCUUCCGCAAGUACCGCGUGAUGACCGUGUGGGAGGAGAGCGGCAAGAAGGCACGUCCUGAGGCCAACAGCUUGGAUGACAUUCACGCCAUGGUUCUGGAGAACUUCAUUCAGAGCACACUCGCUCUCUCCGACCGCCAAGUCAAGAACAACCUCGCCUACCAGAUCUUCCGCAUCUACCAGCACUACUCGGAGCAGGUGCUGCUGUCCACCUUCCAGCGCUACGCCCAGCGCGGCCUCGUCAACCGCCGCCGGAUCAGCAAGCAGAUCGGCCCCAAGAAGAGCCGCGCGCUGCCCUUUGCGCCCAUGUCCUACCAGCUCUCGCAGGGAUACUACCGGUUCUUCACCUGGCGGUACCUGAGCUCCCUGCUCACAGAGGCGCACCGCUUCAUGCGCGGUCUGCGCGACGCCGGCGCCGAGGACAAGCCCAACCUCGUGGUGUUCCACGGCCGGGAGCCCGCGGUGACGGCCGCACCGGCGGGGUCAACGGCGGAGUCAACGGCGGGGUCAACGGCGGGGUCACCGGCGGGGUCAACGGCGGGGGCGAUGUUGGAGCCACCUGCGGGGGUACCGGCGGAGGCACAGGCACCAGUGGGGGUGACCUGUGGCUCAGCGGCCUCAAUGACGACGGGAGCUGGUGGCGUGGGUGGCGGUGGCGGCACCGGCACCGCGGUGACCUACACGAUGGAUGCGCCGGGCGGGGCCUGCGCGUGCGUGCUGGCGCUCAUGGCGAUGGGCCGGCUGGCGUGCGAGCUGGAGAUCCCCGAGCAGAUCGUGGUGGUGGACAGUACCAUGGUGGACAGCGCCGUGCUGAAGGCGCUGGUCCACGAGAACUCGGACGACGAUGACGACGAUGAGGAAGACAACGAGGAGGACGAUGACGAGAGCGGGCAGCAGGGGGCCGGUGGUGUCGGGGGUCGCCAGCGGGUCGACGUGAACCCGCGGCAGUCAUCGCGCGUCAGCUACCUCCUCAUGAAGGGCUAUUACGUGCCAGGGAUCGUGGGCAUGCGCAACCUCAACCCCAACGACAAUAUCGUUGUCAACUCUUGCACCGUCCGCUUCCGGCUGCUGCCAUCGCCCCGCCCCUAUGGGCUGCCCUCACGCUACGACGCGAUGGACAUGAGGGAGGGCGUGGAGCUGCUACCGCCUUGGUUCUCGGCGGUGAUGGACGGGGAGGAGCCAAGUCGGUCCGAGCCGGCGCAUUACGAUGACGACGAGGUGGAUGUCCCAGCGGUGCUGGGCGUAAUCCGCACGGCGGGGGUGGCGGGGGUGGACAUGGCUCGGCUGACCGCCGCCUUCCCUCACAUGGCACAGAAGUCGGAGGUCGGCGGGCCCACCCGCUGGCACGGGCUGCUGCAGACCCUGGAGAAGCAGGGCGCCGUGCUGCAGGUCGGCUACACAUCACGGAGGGUUGUGACCCCGGAACAUGCCCACGCGUGGCUCGUGCGUUGCUCCCGCACCGAUGACAUGGAGAGCGGCGGCUGUGCCGGCGCCAGCCAGAACGCCGAGGACGCGGGUGCCGGAGCGGAACUCUCCACGAUCGAGAAGGCAGCCGACACCGGCACCAAAGCCGGCGCAGGCCCGGGCAGCCGCUCGCCCGACCGCUCGCCCAACCGCCCAGAAUGCAAAGAGGUCAUUGUCACGAACGGGAAUAUGAAUGGAGGCGCGGCCACAGAAUUGGAAACUCAAAAAGCCGUCGCGAUAGAUGCAUCGGCUGACGACGGCGACGACGACGACGGCGAGAAGGAGUGGAGGGUGAAGGAAUGUGCGGUGGAGGUGGUCACCUCUACUGCUGACAUGGCCAAAGGGUGUCAGAAGAGAGCUCUGACCACAGUGCACGACGACGAUGAUAACGACGGUAACAAUGCCGUGGGUGGUGACGCGGACGAGAGUGUGCGCUCUGCGGGCACGAAGAGGGCGAGAGUGGACAUCGCGGAUGUGUGCAACGGGGGCGGCGCGAGAGAUUUGGAAAUCACAGCGCAGCAAGACACCUGUGCUGGGCCCAAGGAGACCUGUACCGUGGGAGAUGAGACCGUUAAUGGAUCCAGGGACACCGGUACUGUGCGAAGAGAGUCAUACACUGGUUCAAGGGAGACCUGUGAUGGGUCCAAGGAGAUCAGUACUGUGGGACCGGAGACCUGUGAUGGGUCCAAGGAGAUUAGUACUGGACCCACGCCGACCUGUACUGUUGGAACGGAGACCUGUGAUGGGUCCAAGGAGAUUGGUACUGGACCCACGCCGACCUGUACUGUGGGAACGGAGACCUGUGAUGGGUCCAAGGAGAUUGGUACUGGACCCACGCCGACCUGUACUGUGGGAAUGGAGACCUGUGGUGGGUCCAUGGAGAUCUGUACUGGACCCACGCCGACCUGUACUGUGGGAACGGAGACCUGUGAUGGGUCCAAGGAGAUCUGUACUGGACCCACGCCGACCUGUACUGUGGGAACGGAGACCUGUGGUGGGUCCAUGGAGAUCUGUACUGGACCCACGCCGACCUGUACUGUGGGAACGGAGACCUGUGCACGGAACCCGUCGAGCGUGAAGCAGGAUGCACCGAGCGCCAGCAGAGCGGACGGGACGGGGUCCAGCGUCCGCGGUGGCACGUGGGACACGCAGGGGCUCCCCGCUCACCGCACAACGGGCGAGCGCAGCGCGGUGCGCUUUGCGGCGAGGCCGUGGCGCGGCGUGCAGGGCGAGCUCAACACCCCCGUGUGCAAGGGCAUGCUUGAGGCUCUGUUGCUGCACGUCAUGAGCCAGCCCGGCCUCCCCGAGCACCGCCUGCUGCACCACUACGCCGGGGUGCUGCAGCCCCAGGUGCUCCGGGAGCUGCUCAUGGUUCUGGAGGAGCUCGGCUGUGUGCGGAGGCUGCGGUUAUCACGGCGAUCCAAGGUGACCGCGUUCUCGUCGCCCUGGCGGAGGGACGAGGUCCCGUCCCCGCAGGGGGAGCCGCUGAACGGCGGCGAUGACGACGAUGACGGCUGCUCCCUCUUCCUGGAGCCCACCGUGGACGGGAUCCUGCGUCUCGGCCGCCUGCUGCCCGACGAGGUCAACUGGAACCACUGUGCGGCGAUGACACAGAGCUAGCCCCACGCGGCGGAGGUCGCCAUUCGCGCAACACUCGCCUCCCACACAAAACGGACAACGGCAAACCGUUUCGGCAAAAAUACGCAACCGACCGGGGUGCCAUGGGCAACCAGCGGAGCCGUCCCUUGGGUAUGGUGAAUCUGGGCGACCGCCCCGUGCUUUGGGGGGGUGGGGGCCGCGCAUUUCCAUUACAGUGUCGGAUGAAACACUUUGGGUUUAGUUUGAAGGCGUCGGGGGGGGGGGGGGGGGGGGGG